AUGAGAGUUGCUUUUGAGAGCACCGUUCGUUUGCUUAUGGGCUUUACGAAAAUUGGAAAUGAAAGAAUGGGAGCUUUUAAAUUGGAACUGCGCUGUCCACAGAGAGUGCACGACAUUGCAAUUGACCCAGAACCCCAUUGGAGUUUUGAUUCUCUAUCAUCAGAGCUCAAUUCACUUGAAAAGAAGCUCCAUGACUCCUCUUCAGUUCCUGUUCCUUUCACCAAAGUUCAAUCUCGGUACUCUGUUUUCUCCAUUUGUUCGGGUUUCUCUUAG